AGUCCUGUGCCAGAUAUCAGCACUGCUAAAUAAGCUUUGGGAGAAUUUCACCAGAAUUCUUUCAUCCUUCACCAUACUCCUUGCUAGGAAAUGUCCAGAAUUACAGAUAUGACCAAGCUCCACCAAGCUGUUGCUAUAGGGGACUACAAUUUGGUGAUGAGGAUGCUAAAGAAGGGGCUUUACAAUCCAAACCACAAGGAUGAAGACUGGAAUGACCGAACUCCACUUCACUGGGCUGCAAUUAAAGGACAUGUUGAGAUGACAAAGCUUCUAAUAGCCUAUGGAGCCAGGCACUGUUUGGUGACUGAUGUUGGCUGGACCCCAGCACAUUUUGCAGCUGAGUCAGGACGACUAGGAGUGCUCAAAGUUCUCCACAUGCUGCAUGCUGCCAUUGAUGCCCCAGAUUUUUUUGGAGAUACUCCAAAGAGAAUUGCACAGAUCUAUGGGCAGGAAGAAUGCAUGGCAUUCCUAGAGAGGGCUGAAGUUGAGUGUCAAGACUAUAGAUUAAUGGCCCAAGAGAAGGGGCUGCCAUUGGAUCAGAAAGAUGAAGAAUGGGAACUCAAGAAACAGGAAGUUGAAAAGACUCUCCCUUCUCUAAAUCAAAAGAAAAAUAGAAAAAGGAUUAAGAAAUCUCAAGGUCCCCACCAGAUUCCAUGUGGUCGGGCUCAUUUACACUGAGAUUCUCUUGUGGGCAGUUUGGCAAGGGAAAUAACACAAAUAAAGUUGGAUACCCUCACAUAAUUGAAUCUUAUUCCAGAGCUGUGAAAAGCCUGUUUUUAUGAAGUAAAAUUUUUCCAGGGCUCAGUUAGGAACAGUGACUAGGCUACUUCUUUGUUAAA